CAGACCAGAGUGUCAGGCUUUGGGUCUAACUGUUCUCGUGGAUGCUCGUCGCUGUUCCCCGGUUCCUGCUCUCUUCAAGGCGUUCAGCAUAUUGCAGGACAUGGAUCCUCCUUGCAUUCAUGGGGUACUGCUUCUGGUUGAAAGAGAUGUGACUUUUCGGAUGGAGAAGCCACCAGCGAGACAGUUUGAACUCCUCACCUCCAUGAAAUCCCUCCAUAAGCACAUAGAGAGCUCACAGCUGCCUCUGGAACUGGAUGGGACCUUCCCCUACUGCCACCGGGACUGGCUGAGCUUCCGCAUGAAGCUGGAACACUUGCUACAAGGAUGCCAAGGUGCUUGUGCCUUCCUUCAGGGAGCUAUUCAUAAAGUGGAAUCUGGAAAAUUACCAGAAAAGGCUGAGGAUGCAGCUGUGCUGCUGAGGACCUACAGGCAGUUGAUGAAGAAUGUUCUUGAAGACACACGGCUGGUCAGGCUGCAGCUGGAGGGUGGAGCACUCCUGGCCAGGCUGAGGAAGGAGGAGUCUUGUGUCACCCUCACCCAUGACUACAGAGAUGCCCUGGAUGCUGCCAGCGUGCUCUAUAAUCGAGUUGAUGAGGGCGUUCACCGACUGGUGAUGUUGUCAAACAAGCGCAUCCAGGAACUGGAGCUGGUGAUGGAGUUUGAGAAAGUGGAAGAGUGUUUUAAGGAGGUCAGCAGUUGGAUUGAGAAUGUUGGCAGAAAAGGGCUAAAGGAAACUGUCAACCUGGAUGAUUCUUUGGAGAUGCUGCUUCAAGCGCAAAAGCAGUUCAAGGAGUUUGAUCUUGUUGCCAGUGAAUAUUGCAAAAGGGGACAGGAAGCAUUAAAGAAGAUGGAUCGAUGGGAAGACUUUUCCUCUGUGGAUGUGCAUUCUUACAGGGUAAAGCUGCAGACCUACAGAGAUCAGCUGGAGGAGUUCUGCACUGAGCUGGAUGAAACCAGGCACCGAAUCUGUGAAACGGUCAGGCUGUACGAAUUCUUUGACAAGGCGUACGAGUGGGCCUUGGAAGGGAUGCGACACCUUGCCUGUGUCAGCAUGGAGGACUGCAGCUCCCCCGAGCACUGUGCAGAUGUGAUCAAGUGCCUGGAGAGUUACAAGGGGCAGCACCCCGACAUCAGCACUGCCCGCUUCCAGGAGAUGAAGGACUUGGCCUGUGAGCUGAAGAGUGACAAGGGGCUCAAGCAGUGGAAAUUUGCAUGGUCUAAAUGUCAGGAGACCAAGCUGGUUUUUGAAAAGAAACUCGAAGCAGCCUUGAGAACAAGGAAGUCUCUGCUGUCAGACCGCAGCCCAGCUGCCGGGGAGCAGCCCCAGGCUGGCAGUGAGGCUGGCAGUCUGUUCCACUGGAGGCACUCCGAGGGAGCCACCUCCAGGUCCCACUGGGACAGGACUUACAGUGCAUCCCACUGUUACAGCAAGUCCAACUGCUCUCUGGAGUGGACUAAGGAGAAAGUUCCCUCGCCCUCCCUGAGCUGCCCCGGUGAUGUUGGUGCUGGGGAAGAAGUUGCCAACCAAACUGCCCUCAGCCCUGGCCCUCACUCAAGCAGAGUUUUUUUUGCCAGCGGGGCCUGUAAGUCUCCAAAGCUGCCUGAAGAACAGCCAAACCUCGAGAGCAUAUUAGAAACCUCAGAGGUGAAGCCACCCUCUGCAUCCACGCCAGUCCCUGGGAAGCUGCCUCCCAGGAGGGUGCUCCGGAAGGCCCAAAGCUUUGACCUCCCUUGCGGGGAGAGCCUGUGGUCGAGCUGCCAGAGGAGCGAGCCGGUCAGGUACGGCAACACCGGCGUCUUCAUCAAGGGGCUGGAGGUGAGCAGCACCGAGCUGGUGGACAGGACGUUCGCGCUGCGGCAGCCGGCGGCUCACAGCUGGGCUGCAGACUGCCUGCUCGAGGGGCACAGGGGCUGCCUCUCCGCCUCGGAAGCCAAGAGCUGGGGCAGCAAACUGCGGCACAUCAUCGACGAGAUGGUGACCACGGAGCGGGAAUACGUGAGGUCGCUCCGCUACAUCAUCGACAGCUACUUCCCAGAGAUGGAGCGCCUCGACCUCCCCCAGGACCUGCGCGGGAAGCGCAGCGUCAUCUUUGGCAACCUGGAGAAACUCUAUGACUUCCACAGCCAAUACUUCCUGCGGGAGCUGGAGAGCUGCUGUAACCACCCCCUGCGGGUCAGCCACUGCUUCCUGCGACACAAGGACCAGUUUGGAAUGUAUGCAUUGUACAGUAAGAACAAGCCGAAGUCAGACUCGCUGCUGGCCAGCCAUGGGAAUACCUUCUUCAAGUUGAAGCAGGUGCAGCUGGGGGAUAAGAUGGACCUGGCCUCCUACCUGCUGAAACCCAUCCAGCGGAUGAGCAAGUACGCCCUGCUCCUGAAGGACCUGAUCAAGGAGUGCAGCGAGGCUCAGGAGCAGGAGCUGGGCUAUCUCCGUGCGGCUGAGGAGAUGGUGAAGUUUCAGCUCCGGCAUGGAAAUGACCUGCUGGCCAUGGAUGCCAUCCGUGACUGUGACGUAAACCUGAAGGAGCAGGGGCAGCUGGUGCGUCAGGACGAGUUCACCAUCUGGCUGGGCCGUAGGAAGUGCCAGCGACACGUCUUCCUCUUUGAGGAUCUGAUCCUCUUCAGCAAGCCCAAGAAGAUCCAGGGUGGCUUUGAUGUGUAUAUCUACAAGUGCUCCUUCAAGACUGCAGACAUUGGUCUGACGGAGAACUCUGGAGACAGCGGCCUGCGCUUUGAGAUCUGGUUCCGGAGGCGGAAAUCCAGCGACACCUACAUCCUCCAGGCCAGCUCAGCUGAGACUAAGCAGGCCUGGACCAGUGACAUUGCCAAGAUCCUGUGGCAGCAGGCAGCCCGCAAUAAAGGUGUGAUUCCUCCCUGGGGCGUCUGUGCCGCAAAAGAAAUCCGUAUGCAGGAGAUGGUCUCCAUGGGUGUGGGUAACAAACCAUUCCUGGACAUCAAACCCAGUGAAGCAGCUAUCAAUGACCGUGCUAUCGAUUACAUCAUGAAAGGCAGAGGUGCCAGGACCAGAGCAUCGAUUGCAGUGUCUCAGUUUGACCAUUCCAACCCAUUCAAGAGGACGCAAGCACAGCUCUCCGCUGGCAACACCCACACUGCAUACAACCCUUCCUCCUCCUCUUCCCUGCUGGGCCCCCUCAACCUCCACAUGUAUGUGAACCAGGCUCUGCUGCCAGAAGUCCUGCCCCCCAGAUGCCCCUUUGACAUCAGCACCUGCAUUGAGGAGGAUGAGCUGGAGCACGAGACGAGCAGCCAACCGUCCCUGACAACAGAGAGCUCAGAGUCAUCGCACUGCAUGUCAGCCACUGGCUCCAGCGGCUCCGACAGCGGCUGUGUCUCCAACGUCCCACAAGAAAGCUUCUGUGAAGACAUGGGCUCACCCCCCUACGUGCCCAUAGGCCCACAGCACAGCUCUACAGUGGAGGGAAGACCCAGGUUCACAAACAGCCAGUACAUUUCUGCAAAAGCAGGCCAGGUCACCAAAAGUCACUCGAGAAUAGUGUGAGCCCCUCGGCCCCGCCUCAGGAAGUGGAGUUGUUGUUUGAUUGCCAUUUCAAACUCCCUGAAGACCCCAGGCCUCUGACCAGCAGAAGGAGACAGUCUUCACCCGUGAAGAUUUUUUUUGGCCCGUACUCAGGCUCUUUCAAACAGCCCAAAACCUGACCUCUGCCUGGGGGGAAGUCCCAAGAAGGUUUCUGUCAACUACACUUAAUAGCUUUGGUGUUGGAUGGGACCUUGGGCAUUCAAAACUUGUUGCCCCUAUAUUUAUGAGUAAUAAGUAACAUAACAGUUUGGAUAAAAAAAAUUGUAUUAUUUUUAAAGCUAAGAGCUGUACAGAUUUUUGUUACAAGUGACUAUGUUACUAUUUGUUGUGUAAGCUGCACAUUUUAUAAAGUUUUUGGAAGGGCAUGAAAUGAAACUGAGGUAUUUAAGAAAAGUAGUGUAACUUUCUAUUUCAGGGUUAUAUUGACCUGGACUCAAGAUGUAACGUCCUUCCUUAUGUUCUAAAUAUGUCUAUUAUAGCAAUAAUUUAUUUUCUUGGCUUAACACUUCUGUUUUAAUAAAAGCAGUUUCAUUGUUGUAGUGAAUUGUUUCUUCAGAUGGUUCUUCCAGUGCCUCAGUGCUGAGCUAAUCUCUGUCAUAACCAUCUCGCAGCUCUGCCAGUCUCCCUGUGCCAUCUCUGCACUAACCAACUGCCAGCUGAACCUCGAAAUCCUCAGCACAUCUGCCAGAAAACGGGAAGAUUUCCCAGGUAGAGACUCCCCUGAUGCCAGUGGGAGGCCAAGGCAGGCUUAGGAGUUUGGAGCAGCCAGCAGGGGAAGAGGUUCUGGUAGAGGUCUGGAGGCACAGGCCACCAAAGUUCCUGGCUCUGAUUUUUAAGCCACUUAGCCCUUGUAGCUGCUGUCCCAGUGCAAGUCUCUCUCUCCCUGCUGGGCCAGGUCCCAGAGGCUCCGUUCAGGCUCUGUUGUGCCUUGUCCUGGCUGAGCCCCUGGUUUUGGGGUGACUGGCUGCUUGCUUCACUUCUGACUCAGCCCCUCUCCUGGUACUUCAGUCGCACGGUCGUGGCUUGUUUGAGGAGCUUUGGAUGGUGCUGGCAUCCGAGACCAACAGGUUUUGAGUGGAAAGUGUUGAUUAUAAUGCUGAACCUUAAGUGCAUGUUGUUUGAAGUAAUGCAGCAUAACUGGAGGAUAAAUGUGCCCUGUGUUCCAGGGUGGCUUAGUCACGAGUAACACCCAACUCCCUGCGAGGCCGGGACACCCUCCCUGUUCUUGGAGGAAAUGAAAAUGAGCAUUUUUGGAAACAGCAGUUAUUUGCUGCCAAGCUCCUGUUUACUCCUGGUUUUUGCAGGGCUAUAAAUCAGGCUCCCCCAGGUGUGAGAGGAGUGUCACCUUUGGCCUCAGGAGGAAGAUGGAGCAGUACUUUAUUCAAUAAACUGCAGUUUUCCCCCCUUGGCAGUGCAGCGCUGCAGUCUGGGGUGUCACACCCCACAGCCGCCCUGGAGACAGUGUGCCUUCAGGUUUGGAAAUUCCUGUACUGUAUAUAAAACACUUGUUUAUUUUUAAUAAGCUGGAUGUUUUUUUAAAACCUUGUUCUUUUUUCAAACAGCGAAGAGAACACAGUUGGACACCUUUGCACAAAAUUGGGUGUGAAACAGUUACACAGGGAAUAUUUUACAAAUUACUGUUUUGAGAUAAUUGCUGGGUUAAUGCAAGGUUUUUGGAGCUGUCAAGGCAGCAAUAGCUGAUGUUGUGAGAGGGAGAGAAUUUACUGAUGCAACAAGAGGGACAUGAAAUUUCCUGAAUUUCUCAGUUUCAAAGGUUUCUGCAUUGCUGGAAAGUUGUUUACCUGAUACUGUUUUUUCAGGGUUGGAUUGAUUUAAUAAAGGUUAUUUUCUUUGUA